AUGAAAAAAACUUUAAUUUUUCUUCUUCUCAUAAUUUUGUGUUUUUCCAAAGCAGGGGAUUGCACAAAUGCAUAUUGCGGAAAUCAAUUAAAAGCUUGCAAAAAUGGAGGAGAUUGUGAUAAAACUGCUGCAAAAUGUGCUAAUCAAUUUAAAUAAUAUGUUCAUCGAGCAUAAAAAUCUGGCUAAUAUAAAGGAACAGAAGCUGGAUAUCAAGACGUAAAAUAUUUUAAAAUCUUUAGUUUAAUUAUUGCAUGAGUACUAAUUCAGCUGCAAAAAGUUUAAAUAGUUGCAGUAGAUAAUAUUGCAGUAAAGUGCUUUAUGAAGAGAGUAUUAGAAUAGAUGAGAUUAUUUAGUCAUAUUGAAUAUUAAUUCGUUUUUAUUAAUAAAAAAAAC